CAUAUACAUGACAUGAGCAUAAAUAAGUAAGCCCACCCCUUUACGUGCACACACAAAGAUAAAAAGGGCCACAAUCAUAACCACCAAAAGCCCCCUUCUCCUUCUCCUUCUCCUUGGCAACCUCUACUUUCAACAAAUUUGUAUCAUUCAGAAACCACAAGGCCACAACACAGCAACUUCCUUAAUCCUUACCGAGCGAUGAGAGUUCCCGUUCCCUCAUCCCCACAGGCCAACCCAAAACCCAGUAACGCAACCCGUACCAUUGCCCUUCCCAACAACACGGGCCUCGGCUACGAGCCCACUUCCGUCCUCGACCUGUGCCGGAGCCCAAGCCCGGCCACCGUCCCCGACAAACCCACCGAUCACUCCGUUGUCGAGCUGGACGACCAUGCGUUGCACAACUUGGAUUGGGACUCCAUCAUGAAGGACCUGGGCUUACACGACGACUCGGGUGCCCCCGUUUUGAAGACAAAUGAAAACAACAACACGUGCGAAGAUUUCACACCCUUCGACCACGCGCUUGAAUUCACCACUCUCUCCGACAUGUACUCUAACUCGACCCAAAACCAAAACCUCGCUUACAAUAACUACCCUGCAAACGCCACACUCGAUCACUUAAUUCACGACUUCAAUCACAACGGUUUUGAUUUCAUCGAAGACCUCAUCCGCGCCGCUGAUUGCUUCGACACCAAGCAAUUACACGUGGCGCAAGUGAUAUUGGAGCGGCUCAAUCAACGGCUACGAUCCCCCGCGGGAAAACCGCUUCAGCGCGCAGCGUUUUACUUCAAAGAAGCUCUGGAGUCUCUCCUCUCCGGUUCGAACCGGACACCGAGGCUUUCUUCGUUGGUGGAAAUCGUGCACAGUAUCAGAACCUUCAAGGCCUUCUCCGGAAUCUCACCGAUCCCCAUGUUCUCCAUCUUCACCACUAACCAAAUCGUUCUCGAUCACGCUGCCUCCUCCUUCAUGCACGUCAUCGACUUCGACAUCGGCCUCGGGAUCCAGUACGCUUCUCUCAUGAAGGAGAUUGCGGAGAAGGCCGCGGAAUCGCCGGUUCUGAGAAUCACCGCCGUCGUUCCCGAAGAGUUCGCCGUCGAGAGCACGCUCGUCCGCGACAACCUCGCGCAGUUCGCUCUCGAGCUCAGGAUCCGCGUCCACGUCGAAUUCGUGCCGCUUCGGACCUUCGAGACAAUCUCCUUCAAGGCGGUGAAGCUCGUCGACGGCGAGAAGACCGCUGUGCUCUUGUCGCCGGCGAUUUUCCGCCACCUCGGCAACACCGCCGCGUUCCUGGCGGACGUGCGGAGGAUCUCGCCUGGCGUGGUGGUUUUCGUGGACGGCGAGGGCUGGGCGGAGUCGGCGACUGCGGCGGUGGCGUCGUUCCGGCGCGGCGUUGUGAGCAGCCUGGAGUACUACUCGAUGAUGUUGGAGUCGCUGGACGCUUCGACGGUGGUGGGAGGAGGGGAGUGGGUGAGGAGAAUAGAGAUGCUGCAGGUGCGGCCGAGGAUUUUGGCGGCGGUGGAGAGCGCGUGGCGGCGGAUGCCUCCGUGGAGGGAGGCGUUUUACGGUGCCGGAAUGAGGCCGGUGCAGUUAAGCCAGUUCGCGGAUUUUCAAGCGGAGUGCUUGUUGGCGAAGUCGCAAAUCAGAGGCUUCCACGUGGCGAAACGUCAGAACGAACUGGUUUUGUUCUGGCACGAUCGCGCCAUGGUUGCCACGUCAGCGUGGCGCUGUUAGUACACGGGAAACUGUUAUUGGGAGAGGGGAUUGAUUAUGUAAUAAUUAAACUAGUAAUGAUGGUAUUAUUAUUAUUAGGUUCCAAUUUCGAAGUUGGCAUAGUGAGUACUAUGAUGAUGGAAAAUGUAGGUAUCUCUGGCAAAAGUUAAAAGUGGGGUGGGGGUGGUAGAUAAGAUAAACUUGUAUGUAUCAUGGACCAUUUUGUUAUCAUGUAAAGUAGGAGGGGUGGGGGUUGUUAUCCUCGUGAACUUUACUGGUUUUCAAAUGAAAGGGUUGGCAGAUUAAAUGCUUCUUUGACUUUCUAUCUUUCAAUCCUUAUGGUAUGGUGUAUUUUGAUGCGAAAAUUAGAUAAAUCAAAGGUUUGUAUGACGAGCAUAUUCGAUUA